AGUAUCCCAGGUGCAGUCAAUGAGACAGCCAAUAUUUGGCAAGGACAGCUAUCAAUGCACCCACCUGGUAAUCAUGAUCCUUUGCCCCACUCCAAGGUUAGUACUCGGGAGGUUGGAGCUGGGAGCCACUUUAAUUUGAGCCUACCUCGAUCGCCAAAGCGGGAGAGUGGAAGAGAGUGCUACAUACUGACAAAGGCCUGCUCUCGCAAGGGAAUCCGAGCUUCCUUCACGUGCUCUGUUCCUUCCCAGCUUUCCCCGGCUCCCCGUUCUCUCUCUCUCUCUCCUCUUCUCUCAAAGGUCUCACCUUUUUUUUUUCCCUCCAGAAGCCCUUCUUUGCCGCGCACGUUGGUGGAAGAGAGCAAUGGAUCUCCUUUCCAGAGCACUGUGAGCCAUCCCCUGCGCGCUCGGAAGGUAAAGGUGCGAUCUUGGUAGGUUUUGGCUUCUCUUGUGUUCUUGGUUGAGGGUGGUCUUGGUUCUGGGGAUGGGUUUUAUAUCGCGAAAGAUUCUCCCCGCGUGCGAGAACAUGUGCGUUUGCUGCCCGGCACUGCGGCCGAGCUCCCGGCGGCCCGUCAAGCGGUACAAGAAAUUGCUUUCCGAGAUCUUCCCCAAAACCCUUGAUGGUCCCCCGAAUGAAAGAAAAAUAAUUAAACUAUGCGAAUAUGCUGCGAGGAAUCCAGUUCGCAUCCCAAAGAUUGCAAAGUUUCUCGAACAAAGGAGCUACAAAGAACUGCGGUGUGGGCAUAUCAACUUUGUUAAAAUUAUUACAGAAGCCUAUAGUAAAUUGCUUUAUGUUUGUAAAGAACAGAUGGCUUAUUUUGCUAUCAGUCUGUUGAAUGUUAUUAUUGAGCUUUUGGAUAGCAAGCAGCAAGUCAGGGUCCAAAUUCUUGGGUGCCAAACAUUUACGAAGUUCAUAUAUAGUCAGGCAGACAACACGUAUGCACGCAAUAUUGAAAGUUUAGUUCAAAAAGUAUGUAUGCUCUCUCAUGGGCAAGGGGAAGGACAGAAAAGUCUACUACGGGCUGCAAGCUUGCAAUGCCUAUCAGCGAUGAUUUGGUUCAUGACUGAGUAUUCUUGCAUUUUUACUGAUUUUGAUGAGAUCAUCCAUGCUAUCCUUGAAAAUUAUCGUGCUGAUGAUCAUAUUCACAUUGACAAUGAAAGACAUGACUCAAACCAUAACUGGGUUGAUGUAGUUAGAUCUGAAUCAAGAGCUGGUGCAACUGUUGGGAAUGGUGUCAACCUAAGCCAUGCAAGCUUUAGGCCACAUUCAGUGGCUAGGGAUUCUGCCAUGCUGACAAGAGAGGAGCGUGAUUCUUCAGAGGUGUGGUCCCAGAUUUGUGUGCAGAAGCUUGCUGAAAUGGCUCAAGAAAGCACCACAAUGCGUCGUGUUUUGGAUCCAAUGUUUUCUUACUUGGACACAGGAAAACAUUGGGAUCCUCUACAUGGAUUGGCUUUGCUUGUUUUAUCUGACAUGACUUACUCAGAAAAGAGCUCAGGAAAUGAACAGCUGAUUUUAUCUGCUAUCAUCAGACACCUGGACCAUAAAAACGUUGUCCGCGACCCCAAGACAAAAUCUGAUAUAGUUCAGAUUGCCACUAUCUUGGUUCGACAACUAAGGUCACAAGCAGUAGUUGCUGAAAUUGGAGCAGUUAAUGACUUGUGCAGGCAUUUAAGGAAAAGUCUCCAGGCCACAGUUGAGUCAGUUGGACCAGAAGAAUCAAAUUGGAACUACUCACUUCAAAAUGCUAUUGAGGAUUGUCUGCUAGAGAUUGUUAAAGGAAUUGGUGAUACCCGUCCACUGUUUGACAUGAUGGCUAUAACGUUGGAGAAGCUGCCAGUUACCGCAGUCAUUGCAAGGGCAACAAUUGGAUCUUUACUGAUUCUUGCUCACAUCGUCUCCUUGACAUCCAUCCAAUUACAUCCACAAUUGGUGUUUCCAGAAGAACUUCUACUACAGCUUAUGAAGGCUAUGAUGCAUCCAGAUGCUGAAACCCGCAUAGGUGCUCACCAAAUAUUUUCAGUUACCCUCGUUCGAAGUGCUAAUCAUCCAAGACAUGAAUCGGAAUAUUUAUAUGAAACUAAGAAGUGGCAGUCUCGAACUACAUCAGUAUUUGCCUCAGCUACUGCUCUACUUCAGAAACUCCGAAGGGAAAAGGGAUGCCUAAAUGCAGAUAAGGAUGGAAAUGAUGCACAUACAGAGAUCAAGGAAAAGAGCAUGGGUGAUGAAGAGUUGAAACAUGGUUGGGCCCAAAAAGGUUCACCAUAUUUUUAUAAAUUGAGCUGUUCUAUUAUUGAUAGGAUUGCUGUUACUACCUGUUCUAUGGAGGCAGAAACUGACCUUAUGGUGUUAACUGAAGAUCAAACUGCUCAAUUACUUUCUGCCUUCUGGAUACAAGCCAAUCAGGCUGAUAAUCUGCCUUCAAAUUUUGAAGCUAUAGCUCAUUCAUUCAGCUUGACACUUCUUUUUUCCCGUCUCAAGAAUUCAAAUCAAAGCAAUACAGUGCGAGUCUUUCAGCUACCAUUGUCUUUAAGAAUGGCUGCCCUGGAGCCAGAUGGAAAGCUGCCACCUUCAUGCCAGAGAUCGCUUUUCACACUGGCAACAGGCAUGCUAGCAUUUGCAGGAAAAAUCUAUCAUAUUUCUGAGUUGACUAACUCACUAAAAGUUUAUAUAUCUUCUGAUAUUGACCCAUAUCUGAGGAUUGGGGAGGACUCGCAAAUUUAUGUGAAGUCUCGAUCAGAUUUGAAUGUAUUUGGUUCUGACAUUGAUCGACAAGCAGCUAUGUUGACACUAGCCGACUUGAGAAAAACUGUAGGCGCUUCUGACCUGCACUUACUUGACAUCAUUAUUCAAGAUCUUUCAAAGAUAACUGAUCUGGAAAAAGAUGUCUUAGCCAAACAACUUACUGAAACUUUCAUACCUGAAGAUGUGCCCUUGUUCGGUUCAAACCCAGUCCUUGACCAGGUCAAUGCACAAGCUCUUGCAGUUUCCGAAGAAUCACUCUCUUUUGAUGAGGAGUGUUCAAGGAGUUCAUCAAUAGAGGAUGACAUAGUUGGUGAAUUGCCAGCCAUGGUUAUUCACAAAUUUACCCCCAAAAUGCCUACGUCACCAACCUUGCCCAAUGUUAUUAGUGUUGGCCAAUUGCUAGAAUCGGCACUCCAUGUCGCUGGUCAGGUGGCAGGAACAUCUGUCUCGACCUCUCCCCUCCCAUAUGGGACCAUGGCUGGUCAGUGUGAGGCCCUUGGCAUGGGCACGAGGAAGAAGCUUUCAAGUUGGCUGGUUGGUGGUCAUGACUCGAUACCGGACAAUCCAGUGCAAAUUUUCCCAAUUGGCGAGCGGUCGGCAUUUCGAAUGGCGAAUGCUUAUAGUUUCGAGCAGCAAGCUUUGGUGCCGGUGGAACCACGGCCGGCACUGAGACUGCCCCCUGCUAGCCCCUUCGACAACUUCUUGAAAGCUGCUGGGUGCUGA